CAGUGUUAGAGUUCUCAGGUACGGAUAUAACAUCAACUACAUAUAUAAGACCUGCUGCCUGCCGUUGUUUCCAGAAAAUAGACACACAGCUUUCUCAGCGCAAAUCAUCUAAGAACACUUACUUAGUCACAUACAUACCCACAGCUAUAUUCCCAACACCUACCUCGUCUACAUCACAUCUUAUUCCGUCACAAUGACAACCGAAGUUUUGAAGGCAAAACCUACCUGCUGCGGCAAGAACACUGGGGGUGAAUGUGUCUGUGCUAAGCAGGCUACCUGCUCCUGCGGCCAGAAAUCCGCCCUCGAAUGUACGUGCGAGAAGGCACCGCUUGAGAAUACCCUAAGUGGCGCCCGAUGCUCGUGCCGAGCUCGCCCUGCCGGUCAAUGUACCUGCGAGAAUGCACCCAAGGAGAACAGCCCCGUUGCUGGUAGCACCUGCGCGUGUGGUGCUCGCCCUGCCAGCUCCUGUACUUGCGAACGCGCUACUUCGGAUUCGAACCCGAACGAAAUCGACUUUACCACGAAAAAAUAACUGGUCAUGUGAGGCUGAAAAAAUGCUAUGGGAGAUCGGAUUUAGAGGCGGCGCUACUGGUUGUACAUCAUGAUGGUUGUGGUGGCAUAUACUGCCAUACGAGGAACUUCGAUACGAUUCUAUAGGAUAUGGUCGCCGGAGUUUAGGAGUCAGUUCGCUGGUAUCAGGAAUAUAAUCACUUUUCAUAUUUUAAUCUAAGUCUUGUGAGAUCUACCUCGCCAUUUCUACAGGCGACUCUAUGAUGCGGGACCGGCCAUGGAAUUAUUUCGAUUUGUGGAUAUAGGAGACUAUGUUGUGGAGGCUGGAAGUUAGGGUUGGAUGUAAUUUCCGUGAUUAACUGUAAAUGCCUUUGCAUGCCAAUUCGAAGUUGAAGUAGAGAUGAGAAAUACAGUGUAUAUCCAUAUAUUUGGUUGAUUUUCACCUAGAUCGAAAUGAUUGGCUCCAUUUUCUCUUUCUUUUAUUUUUAUUU